AUGGAGUCCCUCCGAGGAAAAGCUCGCAAACGGAGGUCAAAACGGCGCCCGUUUUAUCGACUUUACAAGUGCUUCAUCUGCUUCGGCUAUUGUUUCAUCGCCUUUGGCUACUGCUUCGUCGGCUUAGCCGGCGCUGCAUUGCCCUUGGCUGGUGCGUCAUCGAUUUCGACUGAUGAUACUUCUUCAUCGCCUUUGGCUACUGUCCCAUCAGCUUCGGUUGGUGCUUCACUGUCUUUGGCUGGUGCCUCAUCGCCUCUAGCUAUUGUUUCAUCGGUCUCAGUCGGUGCUUCAAUCAAUGUCACACGCAUGAGGACAUUUCUGCCUGAUGCCGUUGUCCAGGACACCGAGGAUGAAGGGUCUGAGUUUGAUGACUUAUACGAUGAUGAAUUCACAAUCUCAGCUCGCAGACGACCACUGCGUAUAGCCAACGAGAACGUUGAGAGGAAAUACUCCCCAAACACCAAGGUCAAGUUGAAUUACCAAGAGGAUCGUGCCAAAGAAGAUGAGCAGCUAUCUGAAAUUAACAUUAUUGGCUCUGAUAGCGAACAUGAAUUUGAUGACUUAUAUGAUGCAAGUGAGGAUGAACGAGUCAGAGUCCAUUGGCGAACCAAGCGCAUCUACGAGAAGAAGCAUAAGAUACUCGGAAACCGCCUUGGGGCUCACAAGAAUGAUCCUUCCGGAAGUGAUACCAAACUCAGAAAAGCGCAAAUCAUUGCUAUCCACAUUUUGAAGGAACAUUCUCAGGAUGAGCUAUGA